GACUUCGUUGCUGCCCUGGAGCUGGCGAGGUACUUGUCUUCCGCGGCAGACGAGGCCAACUGGGAACAUCGAAAGCCCGGGGAGUGUCUUCCGCCGGAGGUGGCGUCGCGGGAAGGCCUCUCCAUCUUCGAGUGCGAGUGCACGUUCAACAUGGCUCUCUGUCAGCUGCGCACGAAGGAGUAUCGGAGCGCGCUGGGCACGGUGGAGCGGCUAUGCGAUCUCUUGGAGGACGGCGCGGCCUUCGGGGAUGCGGCUUUCGGGCUCGCGUGGUUUCUUGCGGGCAUUUGCCACCUCGCCUUGGAUGGUGCCAGUGAUGACCUAGCCAAAGAAGCUUUCUCACGUUCCUACAGUCAUGACGCUGCCUUCGUGGACGAUUUCAUCCAGCGGCACGGCAGCCAGAUGAGCACAGAGCAGGGUGCUGGUGCGGAAAAGGAGGAGCUUGUCGAAAGUCCGAUAGGCUCCGGCAGACCAGCGCUUCGCCCACUCGGCGGCUGCCCGCCGGUCCCUGCCAAGGCUGACAGCGGCGAUGCCCAGCCUGGGGUGGUCUGCUGCCUGCUGCGCCCUACGGCAGGUCAGAGCUCCGAGGUCCAACAGGAGCCCAGCGACGAGAAUUCAGGUGACCCGGCACAGCAGCAGAGCCAGGAGGUCCAGCAGCCCAACAGGAGCAGGCGCCAGCUUUGUGCCCUGCUGCCGCCGAUACGCUUCAAGGUUCGCGACGUGGUGAUUUGGGGCUCUCCCACCGUCAGCUGGCCUUACAUCCGGCCGCCCGACUGGAAGCCACCGACCAGCCUGGCUCGUUUGGACUUCCUCCACCAGCCGGACCCACUGUCGAUGACAGGCCAAGGGGAUGCCCGGGGAGAAGAACAUCUCCAAGCAUCCUAA